AUGGCAAGAAAAUGGCGCAAGAAGGCAGCCAAAGGUGGAUCAUCCCAAGUCGCUAGCAAAGGUCAUUUUGUGGUUUAUACAACGGAUCACAACCGUUUCGUGAUUCCAUUGCAUUACCUCAAUAACAACAUUUUUCGUGAGCUUUUGAAGUUGUCUGAGGAUGAGUUUGGUUUGCCAACUAAUGGUCCGAUCACUUUGCCUUGCGAUUCUAGUCUUAUGAACUAUUUAGUCUAUGUUUUUGAACGUGCACUAACCAAAGAACUCGAGGUUUCACUCGCUUCAAUUACAAAAAAUCGAUGUUCUUCUUACGAUCAAGGUGGUGAAAAUGGAAAACAAGUGUUGGUUCAUUGA